GACAUGUAAAAGUGCUCAAGACGCCCUGGCUCCCUCAUGUGUUCUACAUUUAAAAUCAAUGGAAUUAGCAGUUUUUUCCAAUGGAAUACAAACAAGAGAGACCAAAAACCUGAGCCCAAAUACCAUCAAAUUGAUCUGCCCUUCUCUCCUUCACUUCUGCAAGGCACCUUCUUAGCAGGUCGAGAGCUGAAGUGUUGCUACAAGGCAUCCAUUGAUGGCUUCAGUGCCACCAACUUCCAUGCAUGCUGCGACUUCAAGGGACCCUGUGUGAUAAUGGGGUACACCACCAAGUCCUUCAAGUUUGGUGCCUUCAACCCAGAGGGCUAUAGGAGCACGGAUGACUACUAUGACACAUUUGAUGCAUUCCUAUUCUAUUGGAGAGAUACCAAAGGAAAUGUUAGAGAGAGUGAGAAACCAAUCAAAUUGCGAAAAAUAGGGGGGAGUGGGGCUGCCCUAUUUGAUUAUGCAAGAGGUGGACCCCAAUUUGGGGCAGAUGGGCUUUUGAUCGGGCCCCCACUUGCACCCGUAAUGGGAGGGUUUGCAGGUCCCGACACGAAUUCGGGCAUCGGUGACCUUAGGCAGGCCAAGUCUAGACUGGGGUUGUCUUAUGCCAAGAGAGAGGAUGGGAAGGAGUCAUUGUUUGGAGAUGAUAAUAGGACAACCUUAGAAGAAGUGGAGGUCUUUUGUAGCCCUAAAAUUGCAAGCUUGUACUGAGACAAAACUACAUAAAUGCAUGCAAAAAAAUGAGGCAUCCAAUGUAUGGUGUGGGUAUGUAUUGCAGUUAUGUGAUGUCAUCUGACAGUUAUAUGAUAUAGAGAGAGAGAGAUAGAGAGCGAGAAAUAAACAUAAAAGUAUAGAACUAAUAUAUUCAAAUUACAAUUGUGUGUUGAUCUCUAGUUGGAAGAGGAGUUUCUAAAGUGUAAUGGCCAAGCCUACCAGUUCUAUACAAGUUUAUUAACUUGGUGGAAA